UGGUGGGCUUCAUAAAUGAGGCUGAUUUCUCCUUUCUGAGCAAAAAAAAGAGCCCCACAACAAAGGUUUUAUUCAGGCUCUGCCUGCCCCUCUCCUUCCCUGCAGAACCACGUCCUGACCCUGAUGUCCAUGGCUGCUCACAUCUAUAAACACCCCAGCCUGAAAAACUCCAUCAACCUGGUGGUGGUGAAGGUGCUGGUGGUGGAGGAGGCGGCAGCGGGGCCGGAGGUGUCAGACAAUGGAGGGCUCACCCUGAGGAACUUCUGCAGUUGGCAGCAAAGGUUCAACCCGCUGAGCGACCGGCACCCAGAGCACUACGACACGGCCAUCCUGCUCACCAGACAGGACUUCUGUGGACACCAAAGCUGCGACACGCUGGGAGUGGCAGAUAUUGGCACCAUGUGCGACCGCAACAAGAGCUGCUCGGUGAUCGAGGACGAGGGCCUGCAGGCAGCCUACACCCUGGCUCAUGAACUGGGCCAUGUGCUCAGCAUGCCCCAUGAUGACUCCAAGAACUGUGAGCGGCUCUUUGGACCCCUUGGCGAGCACCAUAUGAUGGCCGCUCUCUUCAUCCACUUGAACAAGACCCAGCCCUGGUCUCCCUGCAGCGCCAUGUACCUCACCGAGUUCCUGGAUGGAGGGCAUGGUGACUGCCUGCUGGACACCCCAGCCGAGGCCCUGUCCCUGCCUGCCGAGCUGCCCGGUCAAAGAGCCCUGUACAGCCUGGACCAGCAAUGCCAGCAGAUCUUCGGGAAGGACUUCCAGCACUGCCCCAACACCACAGAGCAGGACAUCUGUGGCCAGCUCUGGUGCAGGACGGGCAGUGGGGAGCCCCUCUGCCACACCAAGAAUGGCAGCUUGCCCUGGGCCGACGGGACGCCCUGCAAAGCCGACGGGCUGUGCUGGGACGGGCGCUGUGUGCCACAGGAUGCCCUGAAACCCCAGCUGGCGGUGGACGGCGGCUGGGGCCCCUGGAGCCCCUGGGGCUCCUGCUCGCGGAGCUGCGGUGGAGGCGUCCAGUUCUCCCAUCGCCACUGCGACAGCCCCAAGCCCCAGCAUGGUGGGAGCUACUGCGAGGGCCAGAGGACCAAGUACCAGUCCUGCCACACUGAGGAGUGCCCACCAGAUGGGAAGAGCUUUCGGGAGCAGCAGUGUGAGAAGUACAACAGCUACAAUUUCACGGAUCUGGAAGGGAAUCGCCUGGAGUGGGUUCCCAAGUAUGCAGGAGUGUCCCCCCGGGACCGGUGCAAGCUCUUCUGCAGAGCCCGAGGGAGGAGCGAGUUCAAAGUCUUUGAGGCCAAAGUGAUUGAUGGGACGCUGUGUGGCCCGGAGACCCUCUCCAUCUGUGUCCACGGGCAGUGCAUCAAGGCUGGUUGUGAUCACAUCAUUGGGUCCUCCAAGAAGCUGGACAAAUGUGGAGUGUGUGGUGGUAAUGGCUCCACGUGCAGGAAAAUAUCUGGCUCGCUCAACAGAUCCAAAUAUGGCUACAAUGACAUCGUCACCAUCCCAGCUGGAGCCACCAACAUCGACAUCAAGCAGCGCAGCCACCGCGGGCUCCGGCACGAUGGGAAUUACCUGGCCCUGAGGACCCUCGAAGGCAAGUACCUGCUGAACGGAGACUUUGCCAUCUCAGCCAUGGAGCAGGACAUCCUCAUUAAGGGAACCAUCCUGAAAUACAGCGGCUCCAUGACAACCCUGGAGAGGCUGCAGAGCUUCCGACAGCUCCCGGAGCCCUUGACUGUGCAGCUGCUGACCAUCGCCAGUGAGGUCUUUCCACCAAAAGUCAAGUACACCUUCUUCAUCCCCAAGGACAUCCCAUUCAGCAAGCAGAAGGGCAAAGAGAAGAAGUCGGCCAACGUCAUCCGCCCGAUGCUGAACUCUCAGUGGGUCCUGGGUGACUGGUCCGAGUGCUCCAAGACGUGCGGCUCUGGCUGGCAGCGGCGGACAGUGGAUUGCCGGGAUGUGGAGGGUCAAACCUCCUCCACCUGCGACAAAUCCCUCAAACCUGAGGACAUAAAGCCCUGUGGAGACAUGCCGUGCCCUCUCUGGCGCCUGGGCCCCUGGUCUCCCUGCUCCCAAACUUGCGGUGAGGGCGUGCGGACGCGCAAUGCCUCUUGCAUCGAUUACACCGGGAAAAUCACUGCCCCAGAGAAAUGCAGCUCUCCAGGGCCACCACCAGCCACAGCCGCCUGUGUCCUGCGGCAGUGCUGAGCCACGCCAGAAUUCGCGGAGCCAAGGAUGCCGUGCGAUCCCACCAUGCCAGGGCAGGACAGCAAGGGUGCCGUAGGCUUGCUUGCCAGACGACCAACCACUCUGCAGUGGUUCAUCCUCACCCCAUCAAUGUCUACCUCAGAGUGGGGAAUAAUGGCGGCAAAACGAGGAGGAAUCACUUCUUUUCUUUUCUUUCUUUCUUUCUCUCUGGCUGGCUGCUCGCAGGCAAGUUGUAAUUUAAAGGGAAAAAUAAGCAUAGGGUGUUUCCGAAGAGCUGUCACUGAACGUGGUUCCUUUUGGGAGGUUCACUGGGAGAAAAUGUGGAGCCCGGGUUUGCCAUCACCCUGUCCCAGCUGCAGGUCAAGGAGGUCCAGGGUGGGUGGCUUUGCUGAUACAAUUGGGAUCCCUGUGCAAAAGGCGUUGAAUGGGUUGCUCUCCCCUCCCUGCAGCAGCGUGGGUGUCCUUGAGCAUGAGAAGUGUUUUAUCAGCUGUGGGUUAACUCGGGAGAUAAAUUGCUUGUUUGGAUGGGAGCAGGAAUAAGCUGAGGACGAGAUCCUGGCGUGAGUUAGGCAGGAGAACAGGUGAGGUGUUCAUGGUGGUUUCUGCUGAAUUUAUAAUCUACAAACUGACAAACCUCUGUCUCCGAACACCCCCAACAUCUGCAGAGUUAUUCCUGGAGCUGCUACCCCACCCAUGUCCUCAUUUCCCCAGCUUUAAAACCAAGGCUUAAUUACACCUGAUCUGGCUUACAGGGCUGCUGUGAGGAUUAAUUAAUUGCUAAUUCUGCAGUGCUCUGACUGUGAAAUGCCCAUUGCAAUAUCCCAUUCCUUCUCUGGAGCGGACAUUCUGGUGUGCCAGCCUUUCCUCUCCCAUCCUUUGCUUUCAGGCCCCUGCAGGCUCAUUUUUUUUCAUCUCUGCUUGAAUUUUGGAGUUUAAUUUGCUAACCUGGCUUGCAGCAGGAUAAGCCCAGGACCUGUAGAUAAUGCCAGAGGUCACCGAUGCCACUCUCCACCUCUGCUUUCCCAGGAUAUUGAAGUUGCUCAGAUCUGACGCCAGCUCCAGCCUUCCUUGAGCAAUUCUCAGUCCAAAACUGAGCCUGGCAAGGAUGAAGCUCUUCUUUCGCAGCAGGAAGCAGCCAGACCCCUUUCCCAGCCUGCCUGCUGCCUGUCCCCAGCAUGGAGGCUGCUCAGCCCCUGAACUUUGCCCUUUCCAAAGUGAUCUAUGUUCUGGCAGCAGCCGGUGCCUGGGGAGCGGGGAUGGAAUUUGGGAAGGUUUUGCUAUCACAAGCAAUUUGGUGUCUCCAGGCUCCUCUCUUGUACCCUUCCUUGGCUUCCCUUUUGACAGAAAAAUGUUGAAUUUCCAGCGGGAUCUGCCUUUUUCUCAUAGGAAGGGGAGGAGGACUGGAAUUUUUGAUGUCUGAGCUUCCCCAUUUAUAAUUACAGAGCGAACCCUUUUGCCUGAGCUAAGCUCGUGUGAGACCCUUUCCUCACUGUCCAGGCAGGGAUGGGAUGGGAUGGGAUGGGAUGGGAUGGGAUUGGAUCCCCUAAAGCCAUGCCUGAAAAUAUGAAUACUCCUGUUUUAUUUCCAGUAGAUGAUUCCUGUCAAAACCAAGAGAGCUACAGCCCAGGAUUGAGGGUACUGAGGGCUUGGCUCUGUUUCUUUAGGGAAGGAAGGAAAACUAAAGGCCAGAUGCAGAGUUUGGAUGCAGAGCUGUUUGGGCUGUGGUUCAGAUCUACCUUCGGGCAGUGUUCUGUUUCUGCUAAUUAAUCUCCAGGAAUUUAAGCUCUAACAAAUAGCUGGAUGUUAAAGUCAUGUAGCCUUGCAGGGUUAUUUUCUUUUCCCCCUUUGAGUCUAUGAGGCUUCUAACUCCAAGCCAGCAUGUGUCUCCUCUCCAGUGUAACAACCAGCAUUUAGGACAGGGCAGGAAUAUCAGCCUGAGCCAGUGCCAAGGAAAUUGUCUGUAUUUAUCACACAGGAGUCAUGCACACCAAGGGUCUCUUUCAGUUUUUUUAUAAUCCCUGAGCUUCCUAAGAACUCCCUGUUGUGGGCAAAUCCUGCUGUUUUUCAAGUGAGGAGGAGGAGGAUGGGGACCCUGCUCAGUUGAGGCGUGGGGUCUGGGUGAUGGUAAGUGGGAUUCUUGCCUUAGACUUCCAUAGAAACACGAACCUUUAUGCUGAUUUAAGUCAAAGAGGUUAUAUACUAGGAUAUAUAUAUAUAUAUGUAUAUAUAUGUUUCCCUUCAGUGAAGGAUUGUAGCAAUGUACUGAGCCUCUUGGGUUAGGUAUUUAUUAUAAAUUUCUGUUUGGUUUUGUACAGUAGCUGUCUGGAAAGGAGGAAGAAAAAAAAAACAAAAAAAGAGAGAAAAAAUAAAAAGACCGUGUUUUAACAUGCUGCUCCUACAUCCCCUCUCCAAAAGCUGCAGUGGGGUAGAGAAGGGAUGUCUUUGCUCAUCGUUUAACCUCUCUGGUCUCUGGUGUCUCCCUCCUCCCUGGGGCACCAACCGAACUGUGUGAGCAUAACAAAUCCAACCAAAAUUAAGCUUGGGACUUGCAUUUUAAGGGGAGGGGAAAAAAUUAUAAUUUUCCAGGUUUUAGCCUCUUGUUUGUAUUUGUUUUUAAAUUUGAAAACAGUCUGUUUGUGGUUCUGCCUCUUCCCUUUCAAUAAAGGAUUCCUGCAUUUUA